GCCAGGCGGGCGACGGGGACUGGCCAGCUGCGCCUCACCCGCCUGCCCGAUUCCUCUUUCCUCUGGGGAGCCGGAAGGGAACUUCAACCGGCAAAGUGCAGGAAACCAAUAGCCGCCUCUUGGACGGGAUCCUGUCAGUCAUGUUUAGCUCCGUCCCUAGGACUGAGGCCCGCCCAGAGGACUCCCUCCGCCCUUCGCUUGAGAGUUCCUUUUAAAUACCGCUCUGGCGCCCGAGCGCGCCUCUUGCGUGCUCGUCCCCACGCCCUUGGGCGGCCGGUUCAUUCCUUCUCUGGUUGGUAGGGGCCCCUGCUCAUCAGCCAUGACGCACAAGGUCUCUUACCGAGGCCCCGCCUUCUUCCGAGAGCCCAGAAAACAAUUUUAAGAUGGCGGUGGCGGCGGCUGCACGGAAAACAAUGGGGUCGGGGCGGUGGGGACAGGCCGAGGCUUGAAGUGGGCAGCAAGCGCCGGCUGGGGGUCGGGCCAAGCGGGGCAGGAGGAAAAUCCGCCGCCGCGCGCGAGCUAGCUCCACUGCCCUCGGGGUCAUGGCGCGGCCGUGAGGCGGACAGGGGUAACCGCGGGGAGCGAAGCCCGCAGUGCCAGCCUGCUGCCCCGGGCCCAGCCCGUGCAGCCCGCGGCCCAUGGUGCUGCCCACCUGCCCCAUGGCGGAGUUCGCGCUGCCGCGGCACAGCGCGGUCAUGGAGCGCCUCCGCCGGCGCAUCGAGCUGUGCCGGCGCCACCACAGCACCUGCGAGGCCCGAUACGAAGCCGUGUCUCCCGAGCGCCUGGAGCUGGAGCGCCAGCACACCUUCGCCUUGCACCAGCGCUGCAUCCAGGCCAAGGCCAAGCGCGCCGGCAAGCACCGGCAGCCGCCCGCCGCCCCUGCCCCGCCGCCCGCCGCCCCAGCCCCGGCGCCCGCCGCCGACGGCCCCGAGCACGGCCGCCCGGCCGCGCAUCUUCAUGAUACAGUGAAGAGAAAUCUUGACAGCACCACUUCCCCUCAGAAUGGCGAUCAACAGAAUGGCUAUGGGGACCUCUUUCCUGGGCAUAAGAAGACUCGCUGGGAGACCCCUCUGGGAGUUGCCGUCUCUUCCAAUGGACUGCCUCCAGCCUCCCCCCUUGGUCAGCCUGACAAGCCUUCUGGAGCAGACGCCCUGCAGUCUACUGGGAAGCACUCUCUAGGGCUAGACUCUCUCAACAAAAAGUGUCUGGCUGACUCAAGCCUCCACUUGAAUGGAGGCAGUAACCCCAGUGAGUCAUUUCCUCUGAGCCUGAAUAAAGAACUGAAGCAGGAGCCUGUCGACGACCUGCCUUGCAUGAUCACUGGGACUGUUGGCUCCAUAUCACAAAGCAACCUCAUGCCAGACCUCAACCUUAACGAGCAGGAGUGGAAGGAGCUCAUCGAGGAGCUGAACAGAUCGGUGCCGGAUGAAGACAUGAAGGACCUGUUUAAUGAGGACUUUGAGGAGAAGAAGGACUUAGAGUCUUCUGGUUCUGCCACACAUACCCCCUUGGCACAGGACAUUAAUAUUAAGACAGAAUUCUCUCCAGCAGCCUUUGAGCAAGAACAGUUAGGCUCUCCCCAAGUGAGGGCCGGGUCUGCAGGGCAGACCUUUCUGGGGCCUUCCUCUGCCCCUGUGAACACAGAUUCCCCCAGCCUCGGGGGCUCCCAAACCUUAUUCCACACCUCUGGUCAGCCCGGGGCGGACAGUCCCAGUCCAAACCUGAUGCCGGCAUCAGCCCAGGCCCAGAAUGCACAAAGAGCCCUUGCAAGUGUGGUAUUGCCCAGUCAGGGUCCAGGAGGGGCCUCAGAGCUGUCCUCUGCCCACCAGCUCCAGCAGAUCGCUGCCAAGCAGAAACGUGAGCAGAUGCUCCAGAACCCACAGCAGGCCACCCCCGCAGCAGCCCCAGGCCAGAUGUCCACGUGGCAGCAGACAGGGCCCUCCCACAGUUCCUUAGAUGUCCCUUACCCCAUGGAGAAGCCUGCCAGCCCUUCUAGCUACAAGCAAGACUUCACUAACUCCAAACUGCUCAUGAUGCCUAGUGUGAAUAAGAGUUCCCCUCAGCCCGGAGGCCCCUACCUCCAGCCCAGCCAUGUGAGCCUGCUGAAUCACCAGCCACCGAGUAACUUGAAUCAGAACUCCAUGAAUAACCCAGGGUCCGUGCUGGACUACGGCAAUACAAAACCCCUUUCUCAUUACAAAGCAGACUGUGGGCAAGGCAACCCGGGGUCUGGCCAGAGCAAGCCAGCCCUGAUGGCUUAUCUUCCCCAGCAGCUGUCCCAUCUGGGUCACGAGCAGAACUCUUUGUUUCUGAUGAAGCCAAAGCCAGGAAAUGUGACUUUCCGAUCACUGGUUCCAUCUGGCCAGGAGCAAAACCCUUCCAGUGUCCCUGUGCCAGCCCAGGCUGCCAGUGUUGGGACCCAGCCGCCUGCCGUGUCUGUGGCCACCUCCCACAACAGCUCCCCCUAUCUCAGCAGCCAGCAACAGGCUGCUGUAAUGAAGCAGCAUCAGUUGCUUUUGGACCAGCAGAAACAAAGGGAGCAGCAGCAAAAGCAUUUACAGCAACAGCAGUUCCUUCAAAGGCAACAGCACCUUCUGGCAGAACAGGAGAAGCAACAGUUUCAGCGCCAUCUGACCCGCCCACCACCCCAGUACCAAGACCCGACACAAGGCAGCUUCCCACAGCAGGUUGGACAGUUCACAGGGUCCUCUGCUGCCGUGCCCGGCAUGAACAACUUGGGUCCGUCCAACUCCAGCUGUCCUCGAGUGUUCCCUCAGGCUGGAAAUCUGAUGCCAAUGGGCCCUGGACAUGCUUCAGUUUCCUCUCUCCCCUCAAACUCGGGCCAACAGGACCGGGGUGUGGCUCAGUUCACUGGCUCCCAAAACAUGCCUCAGAGCAGUCUCUAUGGCAUGGCAUCUGGCAUAACCCAGAUAGUUGCCCAGCCCCCGCCACAGGCCACCAAUGGACAUGCCCACAUUCCACGGCAGACCAGCGUGGGCCAGAACACCUCCGUCUCUGCUGCCUAUGGGCAGAACUCUCUGGGAACCUCUGGCCUCUCCCAGCAGCACAAUAAGGGGACCUUGAACUCUGGUUUAACCAAGCCACCAGUCCCAAGGGUGUCACCAGCCAUGGGAGGCCAAAAUUCCUCCUGGCAGCAUCAGGGAAUGCCGAACCUGAGUGGCCAGACACCAGGGAACAGCAACGUGAGUCCCUUCACUGCAACCUCCAGUUUCCACCUGCAGCAGCCCCACCUGAAAAUAUCUAGCCCGCAGUUCUCCCAGGCAGUGCCCAAUAGGCCCAUGGCUCCCAUGAGCUCAGCAGCUGCAGUGGGGUCCUUGCUGCCCCCAGUGAGUGCACAGCAGAGGACCAGCGCCCCUGCCCCAGCACCACCCCCAGCAGCUCCUCAGCAGGGCUUGCCUGGCCUGAGCCCAGCAGGGCCUGAGCUAGGGGCCUUUAGCCAGAGCCCCGCCUCACAGAUGGGCAGCCGAGCGGGGCUACACUGCACCCAGGCCUACCCUGUGCGGACCGCGGGCCAGGAACUGCCUUUUGCCUACAGCGGGCAGCCAGGUGGCAGUGGGCUCUCUAGUGUCGCUGGACACACUGACCUGAUCGACUCCCUGCUGAAGAACAGGACUUCAGAGGAGUGGAUGAAUGAUUUGGACGACCUGUUAGGCUCUCAGUAAUGGAGGGAUUUGUAGUGUUUUUAGUGUUUAUUCAUCGUAUAUUUUUAUUCUCAGAUUCAAAGACAGAGCAACUACUUUGGACCAAAACCCCAUGGCCUGGGGUGCUGGGCAGGUAGAGUCCAAGCUCCAGGUGAGGCCUGGCCCUGGGCAAGGUCUGUGGCUGCACAGCCCUCAGGCCAGCAGUUGCAGUCCAUUGGGCUGGCCCCAGCCCAUCUGCUGGCAUCAGUACCUGGUGUUGGGACAGCAGAAUAGGGUUCUAAAGGUGGUUUUCUAUCCAAGUGACCAAAAAACCAACAGUAACAACAGUGAAAACUCACAAUAUCGUACUUUUAAAACUCUGUGCCAUCAUAGUGAUUUUUAUCCAAGAUUUCUCCACUUACCCCAGUGCUGGGGACAAGUCUUUGUUGAAACUUUAUAUAGCAGAAUUAUUUGCAAUUUGUAGCAUAGAAAAGAUUUUUAAAAUUUUUUACAGGUUUUUAAACAGAUUAGGAUAGGUGAUGGUUUAAAUCAAUUAAGUGGCAUUGGAAACCUAGGGUUUCCCUUUGAUUAAGAGCCUUUUUUGUUUCUGCUCUUUGUCAGCUUUCAGGGGAGAAGGAGGCCACUGGAAAAUUAUUUCCCUGAGUGCAGGCUGUUGACUGUGUAUGCCAAAAAGGGACAGAAGACAUGUGAUAGCAGGUCUGGUGACACAACUAGGAUCUUCCUAGCAGCUCCUCCUCCCUCCCAAGGACCCCAGGACUCCCUUCCUCACAUGUCCUGGCAGCAGGACCCCAGGCUACAUGUGGGGGGUGGAGAGGCAGUGUCCUGGAGUGUUCUGCUUCCCGCCUUCUGCAGUCUCUCUGAACAUGUAUGCUGCCCGUGGUGGGAGCCUGGUCACUGUGUAGUUGUGCACAAAUGUCUUUCCUUUAACCGUGCCUCUCCUUCCUCUCUGCACCCUAAAUGGAAAACAAUUAUUUGCUACAUUGGAGGGGGAAAGCAAGAGUCUUAGAAUUCCUAAGGGAACCCUAGCAUAAAGGUUUUGAGAAAGGAGGCCGCAGGCCGGCCCACAGGAAGCAACUCCACUUUGUUUGACAGCUUCUGCCACUCCCAUGUCAGAUGACUUGCACUUUUUAAAGAGAUUGCUUUAUAACACUAAGACAUCCUUUCUAAAGAUUCAAGUGAACUUGACUAAGCUGAGGGUCUGCAAAAUAGAAUAUGACAUGUGAGCUGUUGUUGGAAAACAAAGAUGGAGGAAACACUUCCCCAUAAUGAAAGCGAAGUGGUAAGCAUAGGGUGAGACCCUUUUACACAGAAUGGUGGAAAGAAAAGAGAAUGCUGGGCCGGGUGCGGUGGCUCACGCCUAUAAUCCCAGCACUUUGGGAGGCCAAGGUGGGUAGAUCUCGGGGUCAAGAGAUCGAGACCAUCCUGGUCAACAUGGUGAAACCCCGUCUCUACUAAAAAUUAGCUGGGCAUGUUGGCAUGUGCCUGUAAUCCAAGCUACUCAGGAGGCUGAGGCGGGAGAAUUGCCUGAACUCAGGAGGCGGAGGUUGCGGUGAGCCGAGAUUGUACCAUUGCGCUCCAGCCUGGGUAACCAGAGCAAAACUCAGUCUCAAAAAAAAAAAAAGAAAGAAAGAAAAGAGAAUGCUGGAAAUUGGCUUAGAUGCCGAGUGUUCUAUGGAGAAACUGCAACCCCAUUUUUAUUUCCCUGGAGUCUCUAAAUGGAUCAUUCAGGAGUAUGUAUUCUAUGUGAAGAACUGAGCCAAGGAAAACAUUCACGCAACCAGCCUGAGUCACGUUGAGGGGACAAGAGGUUGUACACAUAUUGGUAGUUAUUUUGCACCAGCAGUGCCUUUUUCACUGGGGGUACUUGGACCCUCAGAUCUUCUCUAAGAGCCAUUUGCCACCCCAGGUGGUAUGUGGGCCAUUUCUCCUUAAAACACCUUCCCUACCUUUCCCAUGUAUUCAGUUUAGCUCUCAAAGAAGUGGCGAAUCAUAAAGCCAGUGAAGAUUACACUCUCUGUGUGAGUUCCCCAGUCUGAAGGGGAAGAGGGUUACGUCAGUGGCUUUUCUCCCAAAAAUCGGCUGAAGGCUGGUUAUGGAUCCUUGUUCCUCUCCUGACCCCCUCUGGCUGCUGUCACAUCUCCCACCCCUGUCCCCCAAGGCUUGCCAGCCCUGCACUCUGCCUUAGUCCUGGGGCCAGCGACACAGUGGGCUCCUCACUUGCUGCAGUGUCAUAGCAAUAAAAUGUGAUUCUUGGGGUCACCCCAGGGAGCUGCCCAUGGCUUUAUUUAUGAAUCUGGUUUUUGGGAGUCAGGGGAGGAGAUGACUUUGCUUCUGUGCACAGCCCUGUCUUCCAGGAGCCACAACUCAGAAGAAAAGGGUGCUCAGACUUUUGUUAUACACAUUUGCUUUGUGUAAAUAAAUGUUUACAAUUUUAUAUGAAAGAUGGAAUAAGCGCUAGAGCUUCCAACUGUAUAUUUUUUACUUUUAUAGAUUUUUAAACUAUGAUCCUUUAUAUAUGUGUUUGGGGGAGCAAUGAUAAGUUUUAUGGAAAACGGUUGGUAUUGUUAACUUUUUAUUGUCAUCGAAAGUGCAUAAAAGUCCUAUUAAUCCCCAUAUUCUUCUACUGCCCUUAACUCUGGUAUACACCAAAAAGAAAUCUUUACUUUCUUUGUUUUAUCAUUAUAAAAAUAAAGUAUUUUGCUAGAAUGGAAA